CGAGUUGGGUCUGCUAGCCACUCGGCCUGGUGUGCCUUAGGAGUGAAUGCUGCAUCCCCGGCCCCAUCCAAGCGGGGCUCUGGGAGCCUUCCUACCUCGUGAAUGCCCAGGAGUGCGUCUUGCGGUCUGACUUAAAUCCCUGCUGCUUUAGAGCACGCCCCUUCGGCAGGCAGCCAGGGUGGGGCCCAGACCGAACCUGGCCCUUCCGCCCCCAUCCGCCUUUAGGUUGCUGUUAGCAUUCAGUGGGCCCGAGAAGUUCCUAGAACCCCCUGUGAAGAUCCUCCAGGCUCCUAGGCUGCAGUGAGGGUCCAGAGCUGGCACCACAGAACCUGGUCAACCUCCUCCACCCACCCAUGCCCACCCCACAUGAAGCUGAGAAACAGCACACAGGGCCAGAGGAGGCGGACAGGCCCCCCUCGAUGUCCAGCCAUGAUGCAGCCCCCUCAGGACCCCCCAGUCGCAACCCCUGCUGCUUAUGCUGGUGCUGCUGCUGCAGCUGUUCCUGGAACCAAGAACGGCAGCGAGCUUGGCAGAUUUCUCGGGAAAGCAAGCUGCAACCCCUCCCCAGCUGUGAAGUCUGCACUCCACCAAGCCCUGAGGAAGUACAGAGCUGGGCGCAGUCCUUUGACAAGUUGAUGCAUAGCCCCACGGGCCGCAGUGUGUUCCGGGCAUUCCUGCGCACAGAAUACAGUGAGGAGAACAUGCUCUUCUGGCUGGCUUGUGAGGAGUUGAAAGCAGAGGCCAACCAACAUGUGGUGGAUGAGAAGGCGCGACUUAUCUAUGAGGACUACGUGUCCAUCCUGUCCCCGAAGGAGGUGAGCCUGGACUCCCGGGUGAGAGAAGGCAUCAAUAGGAAGAUGCAGGAGCCAUCACCACACACAUUUGAUGAUGCGCAGCUGCAGAUCUACACCCUCAUGCACCGGGACUCCUAUCCUCGCUUCCUCACCUCCACCACCUACCGUUCUCUGCUGCUCCAGGGGCCCCCACAGUCCUCUGAGGCCUAGGUCACUUGCCAUACAGAUGUUCCACUCCCGUGGGCAGGCUAGGGGCUGACCCUGCCCCACUUCACUUGGCUGGAAGUAGACUUGGUCCCAGUGGCAACUACAAUGUUCUGUUCUGCCCUAGCCUGCUCCUGCUGGGGGUUCUCCUAGAUGGUACCUCAGACCCCCCAAUCAUGUGCCCAGGAGAUGUUCUCAUGGAGAACAGGCUUUAUACCAACAGCUUUGUAGCAGGAAAACUGUUUAUUCCUCAGAACGACAUGUAGGACCUCAGUCAGACUCAAAUGAAGAGUCCAUUUAUAUUUUAUAUAUUAAUGAACUUUUAAAAUUGGAAAUAUGUCCUUACUGUACGUUUUAUCAAAAGAAAAAAAUACCUUCAACUGUAUUUCUCCACACGCCAAAACCAUGAUAUAGUAGUCUGUGUUUUUUAAAAACAGAAACCUCUGUUUAUCCCACAGUUGGGGUAGGAGGUUAGAAAAACAUCCAUCCAGACUCUACCCUGUGCCUGUCCCAUAGCAGUGGCCUUAGUAGGUGACUGUUCUGGGCCCGGCCCAAGGUAUGGCUCUAGGAACUGGCCUCAACCUUAUAUCUGGGUCAGCACCCCAUAAAGGCUUGAAGUGCAACUGAAGAGUAUCCCAAACCCUUGUGUAGUUGGGGAAAUGUUUUUCCAGAGGCUGAUGGGGACAAAGCUGCUGGUGUUGCCUUUCCAAAGAAACUGGGCACAAUGUCAUCUUCAUCUUACAGAUCCAAUAAAGCAAAACGCCCACUA